AUGGGCUCUAAUAAGAAAAAUUUUAGGUUAUACCUUAACCUACGAAAUUAUUCCUGUUUGGCUGCUAGAAGAAGAGUUGUAGUUACAGGUUUAGGUGUUGUUUCUCCUUUAGGAAUUUCUUCAGAAAUUGCAUGGAAAAAUUUAUUAAAAGGUAACUCCGGCAUUGUUGCUCUUGGUGAUGAAUAUAAUACAUUACCCUGCAGAGUUGCAGGAGUUGUUCCAAAGCAAGAAAACAGUCAUGUAGAAAAAGCUUUGUCAAAGUUAAAUUUAAAGUCAAUGGCACCUGCAACUUGUUUAGCUUUAGUUGCGACACAAGAAGCAUUAUCAGAUGCCAAAUGGAAUCCAGAUUCUGAUAUAGAUAAGGAAAAUACUGGAGUGGCUCUUGGAAUGGGCAUGAUUGAUCUAAGAGAUGUUUGUGAGACAAAUGCUGCCUUACAAUUAGGUUAUAACAAAGUUAGUCCAUUUUUUGUACCUAGGAUAUUACCUAAUAUGGCUGCAGGCCAUGUGAGUAUCAAGUAUGGGUUUAGAGGUCCGAACCAUUCAGUUUCAACAGCAUGUGCAACUGGUGCACACUCUAUUGGUGAUGCAUAUCGCUUCAUAAGAAGUGGUGAUGCAGAUGUCAUGGUUUGUGGUGGAGCAGAGUCCUGUAUAAGCCCUCUAGCUAUUGCAGGAUUUUGCCGCUUAAGAGCAUUAAGCACCUCCUUUAAUGAUCAGCCUAGCAAAGCAUCAAGACCAUUUGAUAAACAAAGAGAUGGGUUUGUUAUGGGAGAAGGUGCAGCAGUACUAAUAUUAGAAGAAUAUGAACAUGCUCUCAAAAGAAAUGCUAAAGUUUAUGCUGAAAUAUUAGGUUACGGAUUGUCUGGUGAUGCCUCACAUAUAACUACACCUAGAGAAGAUGGCAGUGGAGCAAUAUUGUCCAUGACCAGAGCUCUAAAUGAUGCAAAUAUUAAUAAACAACAGAUAACAUAUAUAAAUGCACAUGCCACUUCUACACCAGUUGGAGAUAACAUUGAAACUACAGCUAUUAAAACACUAUUUAAGGAUCAUGUGUCAAAAGUAUAUGUUUCAUCGACAAAGGGGGCCCAUGGUCAUUUACUAGGUGCAGCUGGCAACUUAGAAGCAAUAUUCACUAUUUUGGCAUGUCACCAUCAUGUUUUGCCCCCAACAAUCAACUUGGACAAUCCAAUAGAUGACCUAAAUUAUGUAGCUAACACACCACUGUUAUGGGACAGUGACAGAAGAGUAGCACUAAAAAAUUCAUUUGGAUUUGGAGGGACCAAUGCAACUCUUUGUAUAUCUAGUAUGAAUUAA